AUUCUCCUCUCCUGUCAAAGUGACGUAUGUGCUUCAACGAGUGUUUUUCUCAUUUCCCUCCCCACGUGAAGAUAUAAAAUCAUUGUGAAAUAAAUUGAAAUUUAAAGUUAAUCGCGCAUCUAAACAGCAAUCAUGGCGGUCCGUGUACAAUUCGAGAAUAACAAUGAAGUGGGGGUGUUUAGUAAAUUGACAAAUUCUUAUUGCCUCGUUGCUAUCGGAGGCUCAGAAAAUUUCUACAGCGUGUUCGAAGCCGAGCUCGCAGAAACGAUUCCCGUGGUGCACGUCAGUAUCGCGGGGUGCCGCAUCAUCGGCCGCAUGACCGUAGCCAAUAAGAACGGACUUCUGGUGCCAGCGGCGACCACUGACACAGAGUUGCAACAUAUACGCAACAGUCUGCCGGACACAGUCAAGGUGCAGCGUGUAGAGGAGCGCCUCAGCGCGCUCGGGAACGUCAUAGCGUGCAACGACUAUGUGGCGCUCGUGCACCCCGAUCUGGACCGCGACACAGAGGAAAUUCUCGCAGACACACUAAACGUUGAAGUGUUCCGGCAGUCCGUGGCCGGAAACGUUUUGGUCGGUUCAUACACCGCGCUCAGUAAUCGCGGAGGCUUAGUUCACCCGAAAACUACCAUACAAGAUCAGGAUGAGCUCUCAUCUCUCCUACAAGUUCCGUUGGUUGCGGGUACAGUAAACCGAGGCAGUGAAGUAGUGGCAGCGGGGAUGGUGGUGAACGAUUGGUGCGCGUUUUGUGGCAUGGACACGACGUCGACAGAGAUCUCAGUGAUUGAGAGUGUGUUCAAACUGAAUGAUGCCAAGCCUACAGCCAUCACCUCCACAAUGCGUGCCUCACUUAUUGACAGCAUGUCCUAAAACCUGCAGGAAAUGCAAAUAAUAACUAUGAGGUUCACUUGUCAUUCAUAAAUAGCAUCAGUUCUGUUGUGUUUUAUGAAAAUAAGAUGC